AUGGCGGAUUCCCUCCUCGCUCUCUUCUCUCUAGCCUUCUUCCUUUUUCUCAAUUUCCCUUCCAUCUCCUCGCUUCCAACUGUAUCAAUUUCCCACAUCAGUUCCAACCAAACCCUCAUUUGUGCGUUAACUAAAUCCCCUACCCAACAACAGACCCGCCUCAAUUGCACCACUACUAGCUCCCCCGACGGAUUUCAACUUCCGAUCAACGAAGGAAACAGGUAUCCCUUCGUUGGAAUCGUGGGCGGAGCUGGAUUCCUCUGUGCAUUAAGCUCGCCGUUCUCGAAUCCAUCAACAACACCCACUUCGUUUAUAGUUUGCUGGAGGUUUCUCAACAAUGGAAGUACGUUGUAUAAGAGGGUUUACCUUGGCCCAUCUCUCCAAGACAUUGAUUCCGGUGACUCUCAUGUUUGCGGGAUUGUUAGUGCUACCAAUCAGCUCCUGUGUUGGCAAUGGGAUCAAUUCAAUGAUGAUUCCAACGUCAAUCGAUCUCAAUUCCGAUCCAGUGUUACAGUUGGAGAGAAUUACGUUUGUGGGUUCUCUGAAUUUGGAGAAAUAAGGUGCGUAGGAAGUAACAGUAAUACUUUCAACAUCACUAACAGUUCUCCGGUGGGGAAUUACAGUGUGAUUUCCGCCGGAUAUAAUCGUGUUUGUGCCGUUAAUUCCACUGGUGGUUUAGAUUGUUGGGGAGACGCUAUGAUUUCGAAACCAAAUGGUGUGUUCAAAUCAGUUUCCAUGGGAGAUAAUCGAUUUUGUGCAAUCAGGGAUAAUGGAACAGUGAUUUGUUGGGGCGGAAAUGGUUUCAGUUUGCCGGAAAAUCUACGACAGGUUUCUUUCGAAGCAUUGCAGUCAAAUCGCGACGUGAUUCCUGGUUUAUGCACAACCACAUGCAAUUGUGGUACAAUUCCAAACUACGGAUCAUUUUGCAGCAGAACAUUAAUGAUUUGCAAGCCGUGUGUUUACAAUCAAGACCCGCCGGAAUCAGUCCCACCGAUUGUCCCGCCACCACUUCCACCACCGCGCAACAGUGGUUGGAGUACCAAAAUGGUUGCUUUCUUGGUGGUUGGAAUCGUCGGUUGCUCAUCAAUCCUCGCUGUUCUUAUCUUUCUCAUCUUCAGAUUCUGCAAAUCAAACGAAGGUAGCCGGGUCCACGAUUCCGGACCAAUGGAAGACAUCCAAAUCACAUCACAACUUCAAACUUCAAACCGGAUUCUCGUAAAGAAGUUGUCACAUUUAAUUAGUACAGGAAACGCAAAUCACUUGGAAGAAUUCACUUUACAAACAAUCAUCAAUGCAACUGACAAUUUCUCCGAUGAAAACCGAAUCGGGAUCGGAAGUUUCGGUUCGGUCUACCGCGCCAUAUUACCCAACGGUCAAAAAGUUGCGGUCAAACGGGCCGAGUCAACGUCCUCCUCCUCCCUUCCUGGGGGGACAAAAAAGCGCCAAGAAGAUACAGACAACGCUUUUGGAGUUGUUUUGUUGGAACUGUUAUCUGGGCUUCGUGCGAUUCACAAGAAUGAGGCGGGAGAGAGGAGGAAUGUAGUGGAUGUGGUGGUACCGUAUAUUGUGCAUGAGGAGAUGCAUCGAAUUUUAGAUCAUAAAGUUCCCCCGCCUACACCUUUUGAAAUUGAGGCGGUGAAAUAUGUUGGAUAUUUAGCAGUUGAUUGUGUGACUUUGGAGGGUAGAGAUCGACCGUGUAUGAGUGAAGUUGUUUCGUGUUUGGAGAGGGCGUUGAUGGCUUGUUUGACGGUCCCUUCUUUUUCUCGGAGCUCGAAUAGCUCUUCUGCGUGA